CCCGCGGAUCAGUAUAAAUUCAUUGCUGCCAGUGGGUUUUUCCACCUUCACCUCAAGUCCUGAUAAAUUUCUGUGCCCAAAUCUCUCUGAAGGUAAAAAGAUUACUGAAAUGGAGAGUGUGAAGACGACAGCGAUCAAGGGCGCCGGCGGAAGGAGAGGCGGCGAGAGGAAGAAGGCGAUACCAAAAUCCGUGAAGGCGGGCCUCCAGUUUCCCGUGGGUCGGAUUGCUCGGUUCCUGAAAAAGGGUCGGUACGCGCAGCGCAUGGGCAUCGGAGCUCCCAUCUACAUGGCCGCCGUCCUGGAAUACCUCGCUGCUGAGGUCCUGGAGUUGGCUGGAAAUGCAGCGAGGGACAACAAGAAAACCAGGAUCAUCCCGAGGCACGUGCAGUUGGCGAUCAGAAACGACGAAGAGUUGGGGAAAUUGCUACAAGGGGUCACCAUUGCAAGCGGUGGAGUUUUGCCCAACAUCAAUCCCGUGCUUUUACCAAAGAAAUCUGCAGUUUCACAGGAUAAAGGCUCGCAGAGCAAAUCUCCAAAGAAGGCAUAACAUUCUGCUGUCUCUCCCCUUCUCCUUCUCUUGGGCACUUGGCCAUUUUCAUCUGGCCCAGCCUUUCUCAUUGUCUUUCUUGUUUGUUUAGGAACAGAUGUAGCCAUGGAAGUAAAUAAUCUCAUAAAUAAUAGAAAGUUGCAUUUAUUUUCUUGGUAA